CGGAACAGGAAGUACGCGCCGGGAAGUGAAGUUGUCAGUAUUUACCUGUCCGUCGCAGCGGCUGCUAUCGCCAUGGUCUGCGAGAAGUGUGAAAAGAAAUUGGGUACUGUGAUUACCCCUGACACGUGGAAGGAUGGGGCCAGAAACACUACAGAAAGUGGUGGACGAAAACUAAAUGAAAACAAGGCAUUGACUUCAAAGAAGGCAAGAUUUGAUCCUUAUGGAAAGAAUAAAUUUGCAAUAUGCCGGAUUUGCAAGAGUUCUGUUCACCAGCCAGGGUCUCACUACUGUCAGGGCUGUGCAUAUAAAAAAGGCAUCUGCUCAAUGUGUGGAAAGAAGGUCUUGGAUACUAAAAACUACAAGCAAACAUCUGUCUAAUUAUAUUGAGUGAGCUUCUUAUGGACUCAUGCUUUUUUUCCUAAAACUGCUUUUGAACGUUACUAUUAGAAGCGGACACGGAAAAAAUGAACACACACAUUUGGCCAGAAGUUCAAAUAUGAUCCCAAUGUUAUCGUUUUAGAGUUAAUUUGUAAUCUUGAUGUUUAAAAUAAUGAUUGUAUAGAUAGUUGGGGUAGAACUGAUUUAGAAGGAGAGGAGAUUGCAGUGUCUAGUGGGCAGUUCAGAACUACCACAAUCACAGCUAAUAAGUUCAUAUUCUUACUCCACCACUUACCUGUUGAUGUAACCAGUUAUCAAUGCUUAAACUAUGAAAUGUAAUUCGUUAUAAUUGUUUCUGAUUUUUUUUUAUUCACCUUAUUUUUGGUAACCAUGCACCUUUAUGUAUUUGUAACAUUACAUUAAAAAAAUAAGGGUUAGUUUUGUCCAGCGUGGAGGUA